UUGCGACAGGAAGUUUGUGAAGUUGGGUUACAUAAGCCAUGUGAGAACAGACUAGAGAGCUAAACUAUGAUUUGAGAUCUCAUUCCUAUUGUAGUUAUUCUAAUCCCAGAAGGUGUGGCGCAGCUGGUAGAUCUGCUGCCUUACAGUGGCAGAAACCUGGGUUCGAUCCUGACCUUGGGUGACUUCUGUGGGGUGUUUGCACUUUCUCCCUGCGACCUUGUGGGUUUCCUCAGGGUACUCCUAGUUUCAUCCCACAUUCAAAAGACAUGCAGGGUUCUAGGUUAAUUGAUCCCUCGUGUGCAGUGAGUGGAUGAGAAAGUGGGGUAACAUUGAACGAGUACAAUCGGGUGAUCAAUAGGCGGCACAAACUCAGUGGGACAAAGGACCUAUUUCUAUGCUGCAUCUCUAAUUUCCAAUACAAUUUAAAAUCAUGUAAUUAUCAAUUACCUUUAUAUGUGCCGUAUAUUGAUCACUGUAACCCUUACAUGUUCAAGUUCUAUCUGCCCUGGCCACCACUGCAUUCAUUUCAUUCCACUGUGGAAUAACAAAAGUCAAGUCAAGUCAAGAGUUUUCAAUUGUCAUUUAUCCCAAAAGGCAACAAUCAAAUUGUUGCUUGCAGAGCCACAACAGUUUGCAGUUUGGAGUUUUGAUGAAGUUCAUAGUGUUUAAUAGCUUAAAGGUUGUUGGGAAGAAGCUGCUCCUGAACAUUAACAGGCAGGAGAGAUACUCCUUUGGGUUGCUCCUCCAUGCAACAAAAUCACAGAUAAUCCAUUUUCUAGUUUGAUCCUGAAAACUAUAAAUCAAACCCUUGAGUAUUUAGAGAUACAACAUGGAAACAGGCCCUUAUUCCCAAGGAGUCCAUGCUAACCAUCGAUCACCCAUGUUCAAGUUUUCUUGUGAAUGGUGCAAUGAAUUUCAAUAUCUCACACCUCUGCUUGUAGAAACUGCUCAUUUUCCGGUCUAAAAUGCUUUAAUCUGAGAUCAUGCCUCAUCCAGAAGAACCAGUUGACACCAUCUACCCUGUUAAAUCCACUCAGGAUAUUCUAUGUCUCCGUAAGACAUGAAAGCUGAAUUAGGCUCCUUGCUAUUGAGGGAGUGCAGCAUAGGUUCACCAGUUUAAUACCUGGGAUGGCUGGACUGACAUAUAAUGAAAGAAUGAAUCAACUGGGCUUAUAUUCACUGGAAUAUAGAAGGAUGAGACGGGAUCUUAUAGAAACAUGUAACAUAAUUAAGGGUUUGGACAGGCUAGAUGCAGGAAAAAUGUUCCCGAUGUUGGGGGAGUCCAGAACCAGGGGUCACAGUUUAAGAAUAAGGGUAGGCCAUUUAGGACUGAGAUGAGGAAAAACGUUUUCACCCAGAGAGUUGUGAAUCUGUGGAAUUCUUUGCCACACAAGGCAGUGGGGGGUUAUUCAUUGGAUGUAUUCCAGAGAGAGAUGGAUAUAGCUCUUGAGGCUAACAGAAUCAAGGGAAUACGGGGAGAAGCAGGAACGGGGGCAGGAAUGCUGGAUGUUUAUGUUGACUUUUAUGUGGUUGUGUGUCUUGUUACUUUUUUUUAUUAUGGCUGUAUGGUAAUUUAUAUAUCACUGUAUCUUAAUUGGUACACGUGACAAUAAAAGACCUUUGAUUCUGGAUGAUCAACCAGAUCAUAUUGAAUGGCUGGCUCCAAGGGCCGAUGGCCUACUCCUGCAACUGUUUUCUGUUUCUCAGACGAUGUAUUUAAAGGGAAGCUGAAGGAAGUAAAGGCGAGUGAAAAUUACUAGACUGAUCAGUUCUGAAUUUCUGUUACGUUCUUGGUAUAACUUGCAUGAACUACUUUUACAGGGAAAAAAGAUUUCCUGACGAGAACUUCAAAUCAAGCGUCACAUCAAGUUCACACAAAGUCACUCAGUUCAUCAGGACCUGCAUUUCAUGGGAGAGAAAACAUUUGCCUGUUUAGCAGGGCAGUGAGAUUCGCAUCAAGCGGAGGCAUGGCACAGAAAUGCUUGUGGAACGAGUUUUAAACCGUUACACCACUGGAAACUCUCAGCAUUCACAGUGCGAGAAACUGAACACUUGCUCCAAGUAUGUCGAUGAGUUGAUCAGAAAGACCACAGAGUUUGGCAGUUAAAGGAUGGGCAAAUAUUUUCCCAAUCAUUGUGAAUUAUUAUUACAGGUUGUUCUCCACAUUGAGGAGAAACUUGCUUAGUAUUGGAGAAGUGGUACACUUAUUUAUUCUUGUGCUCAAACCCCUAUUGCUUCCUGCAAAUGGAGCCAUUUCAGUAUUCUAACUGCGGGAUACAGGUCAAGCAUUCCAGUACCCAGGUAACACAUCAGCAGAAUUACAAUGGGGAGAGGUCAUUCACCUACUCGGAGAGCGGAUUCACUCACCCUUCUCCGCUGAUGACACAACAUCAAGCUCACAUCAGGGAGAGGCCGUUUAUCUGCUCCGAGUGCGGGAAGGGAUUCAGUCGAUCGUCCCAUCUGUUGAGACACCAGCAGGUUCACACCGGGGAGAGGCCGUUCAUUUGCUCCGAGUGCGGGAAGGCAUUCACCCAGUCAUCUAAUUUGGUGACACACCAGCGAAUUCACACUGGGGAGAGACCGUUCAUCUGCUCCAUGUGCGGGAAGGGAUUCACCUUAUUAUCCAGUUUGAUAACGCACCACCGAGUUCACACCGGGGAGAGGCCGUUCAUCUGCACUGAGUGCGGGCGAGGAUUCACACAGUCGUCCAGCCUAAUGACUCACCAGCGCGUUCACACUGGAGAGAGGCAAUUCAUCUGCUCUGUGUGUGGGAUGGAAUUCACUCGCUCGUUUCACCUGCUGAAACAUCAGCGAAUCCACACUGGGGAGAGGCCCUACACCUGCACUGAGUGUGGGAAGGGAUUCACUUGUUCGUCCUACCUACGGAGCCACCAGCGGGUUCACACGGGGGAGCAGCCAUACAUCUGUCCCAAAUGCGGGAAGGGAUUCACGCAAUCCUCUAACCUGAUGAUACACCAGCGAGUUCACACUGGAGAGAGGCCCUUCGCCUGCUCCAUGUGCGGAAAAAGAUUUCCAGAUUCCUCUUACUUGGUGAGACACCAGCGGAUUCACACCGGAGAGAGGCCGUACAUCUGCACCGAGUGUGGGAAGGGGUUCACUCAGUCAUCGGCCCUUGCCAGGCACCAUCGAGUCCACACCGGAGAGAAGCCAUUCAUCUGCUCCCAGUGUGGGAAAGGAUUCGCUCUGUCUUCCCACCUGCUGACACACCAACAAAUUCACACUGGGGAGGAGAGGCUGUUCACCUGCUCUGUCUGUGGGAGGGGAUUCACUCGGUCAUCCCACAUGUUGGCACACCAGCAAACUCACACAGGGGGGAGACCGUUCACCUGCUCUGUCUGUGGGAGGGGAUUCACUCGGUCAUCCAACAUGUUGGCACACCAUCGGAUUCACACUGGGGAGAAGCCGUUCACCUGCUCCGAGUGCGGGAAGACGUUCGCUCGAUCAUCUGACCUGGUGGUGCACCAGCGAAUACACACCGCGGACAGACCGUUCAUUUGCUUGGAGUGUGGGAAGGGAUUUACACGGUCAUCCAAACUGCUUGCUCACCAGCUAGUUCAUGCCGGAGUCAGGCCAUUCACCUGCUCAGAAUGUGGGAAGGGAUUCACUCAGUCAUGGCACCUUCGGGGACACCAGCGAAUUCACACUAGGAAGAGACCGUACCCUUGCUCCAAAUGUGGGAAGGUAUUCACUCAGUCAUCGGUCCUACGGAAACACCAACAAACUCACACCGGGGAGAGCCCGAACACUUGCUCCGAGUGCGGAAAGGCGUUCAGACGACCAUCCGACCUGCUGGCACACCAGCGAACUCACACUGGGGAGAAGCCAUUCACCUGCUCCGAGUGCGGGAAGGCGUUCACUCGAUCAUCCGACCAGCGGGCGCACCAGCGAAUACACACGAGAGAGAGGCCGUUCACCUGUUCAGAAUGCGGGAAGGUGUUCACUCGAUCAUCCAACUUGCUGGCGCACCAGCGAAGGCACGCCGGGGUAAGGCCGUUCACCUGCUCUGAGUGUGAGAACGGAUUCACUCAGUCAUCGGCCCUACUGAAACACCAGCAGACUCACCGCGGGGAGAGACCGAACACGUGCUCCGAGCGCGAGAAGGAAUUUACAGUGUCGUCCAACCUGCUCACUCACCAGCGAAUACACACCGAGGAGAGGCUGUUCACCUGCUCCGAGUGCAGAAAAGAGUUCACUCAGUCAUCAGACCUUCUGAAACACCAACAAAUGCACACCAGCGAGAUAUGGCACGGUUGCUCCGAAUGUGGGAAGGCGUUCAGUCGAUCAUCUGACCUGCUCGAUCACCAGUGGGUUCACGCUGGGGAGAGGCCGUUCACCUGCUCCAAGUGCGGGAAGGGAUUCACUCAGUUAUCGGUCCUACUGAAACAUCAGCGAACACACACCGGGGAGAGCCUGAACAUUUGCUCCGAGUGCGGGAAGUCUUACAGACGACCAUCUGACCUGCUGGCACACCAGCGAACUCACACCGGGGAGAGGCCGUUCACCUGCUCCGAAUGCGGGAAGGCGUUCACUCGAUCAUCCGACCGGCGGGCGCACCAACGAACACACACGCGAGAGAGGCCAUUCGCCUGCUCCGAGUGCGGGAAGACGUUCACGAGAUCAUCCAACCUGCUGGCUCACCAGCGAAGACACGCUGGGGAAAGGCCAUUCCCCUGCUCUGAGUGUGGGAAAGGAUUCACACAGUCAUCAGCCCUACUAAAACACCAGCAAAUUCACACCGAGGAGAGAUGGAACACUUGCUCCGAGAGCGGGAAUGGAUUUACACUCUCAUCCAAACUUCUCACUCACAAGCGAAUACACACCGGGAAGAGCAGGCCGUUCACCUGCUCCAAGUGUUGGAAGGGAUUCACUCAGUUAUCGGUCCUACUGCAGCACCAGCUGACCCAUACCGGGGAGAGCCCGAACACUUGCACCGAGUGCGGGAAGGCUUACAGACGACCAUCUGACCUGCUGGCACACCAGCGAACUCACACCGGAGAGAGGCCAUUCACCUGCUCGGAGUGUGGUAAGGCGUUCACUCGAUUAUCUGACCGGCAAGCGCAUCUGCGAAUACACACGGGAGAGAGGCCGUUCACCUGCUCCGAAUGCGGGAAAGGAUUCACUCGAUCAUCCAACCUGCUGGCACACCAGCGAAGACACGCCGGGGAGAGGCCGUUCACCUGCUCUGCGUGUGGGAAAGGAUUCACUCAGUCAUCGAACCUACUGAAACAUCAGCAAACUCACACCAGGUAGAGACCAAACACUUGCUCUGAGCGCGCGGGAAGGUAUUCAGUCGAUCAUCCAACCUACUGGUGUACCAGCGAGUAC